GGGACGCUGGGUGGUGUGCCGCCGGCCGCUGGCAGUUCUUACCUUGCGGUGGGCCUCACAUCAUCGGAGUGGCUCGUGCAGGUCACUGAAUGCAAAGGGCUGGCAGAGAUUGGCAUUGCACUGGCAUGGGGGUAUCACGCUGGUUUCUUAGAUUUGAAGAGGAACCGUGCCGGACCUUCACAGCCGGCGGGUGCGAGCCAUCGCAUGCGCGGGCUGUUCCCCCUGCCAGUUGAAGUGCCCUGUAGUGACUGUAGCGCCUCUUUUUUGACAGGCCCGUCGCUUUUGGACCGGGGCUCAACCUUUUUUUCCAUUGCUGCCAGAGAAUGCUGGCUAGCUGUAGUGAGUGCGGCAUUGGAUGCGUUCUAUGGCUGUGAACUCUCACCCCCCGGCAUCCGUGCUGGAAAAGUGCAUAGCGCGGUUAGGGAGAACUUGCUGUCGGAUAGGUUUCUUAAGGGGGACAAGUUGUUCGACCUUUGUUUUAAAGAGGUGGCUGCUGAAGUCAAGGAGAAAAGGAUUAGCUAUUCUGGAGAAGAGAUUUCACAACCUCACCCUUUGAGCGUUGACCAAAUCAUCCAGAGCUGGCCCCCGCUAGGUCAUGGUGGCUCCGUUCCUCUUCUACCUUUUGCGGUGGGCAGCACGAAGCACCAGUUGACCAACCCGCUGGACAAGCAGGUCCUAAAUGACACGGAGGUGGUGGAGCUUGGUGUGAGGUUUGACGGCAUCAAUGGCCUGAAUCUUGGCUUCACUUCACAUCAUGAGCAGCGAAAGGUGGAGCAAGAAAGAAGUCCUAGGUUGUUCUUGGCCGCUGGAUCUUUGUCCUACAACUCCGGCGUGGAGUUGAGCUUGCUGAUAUGCUUGAGUCCUAUCUUGCAAGCGGACCUUACUAUGGAAUAUGAUGGUGAAGUCACUUGUUCAGACGCAUCAGAAUCGGGUGGUGCUGUGGCCAAGGCAGAGAGUCUCACCUGGUCUUGCCUUUCAUUUGUGGGACGACAGCUGCAUCAAGAGUUGGAGCCCGUGAGUUGCCCGAUUUUGGUUAUCUCCUGUUUUAACGGGAUAGGCGGAAGUUUCCGCAUCUACGAUGUACUAGGAGUUCGCGUGAUGGGGAAGGUGACCAGUGACAACUGUGGAGAAGCAAACCGCGGAACCUUUCAUGUGUUUCAACUUUUCAGAAAUGGGAAAUACAUUGGGCUUGACCUCGGCGUGGAAUACCGGCCUUCUUGCCGAGUCCUGCCCAUGGGCUGGGCCAGUAGCGUAGGGAUAAUGCAACAGGUAUCCCGACAAGUACUGUUGAUGAAGGGCCUUCCAAAGUCGUUGGAAAUACAGAAGGUGGAUGGCAUCCCCCGCUGGUUUACUCAAGCCGUGCGGGGUUCAAGCCCUGAAAGGGCGUGGUGGCAAGUGUAUUUGGAUAAUUUUCUUUCAGGUGAGUCCAGCUCGAACCCCAUCAAAGAUCAAGGGUUAUGUCUUCAACUAGACGCCAUGCAAGCAUGGACAGAGGCUGGAAUUUUGACUGCAAAGGACAAGCAAGUCCUAAAUGAGACGGAGGUGGUGGAGCUUGGUGUGAGGUUUGACGGCAUCAAUGGCCUGAAUCUUGGCUUCACUUCACAUUAUGAGCAGCGAAAGGUGGAGCAAGAAAGAAGUCCUAGGUCGUUCUUGGCCGCUGGAUCUUUAUCCUACAACUCCGGCGUGCGGCCUUGGUUGUUUGUUAAGGUCAUGGGAGCAGAGAGUCUCACCUGGUCUUGCCUUUCAUUUGUGGGACGACAGCUGCAUCAAGAGUUGGAGCCCGUGAGAGCCAACAUUAUCAACGAUAUCACCAGAAAUGAUAUCUUCCGCUGGGCCAACGACUACAACCGUGGGGAGGAAGGGGCUGGAUCUAAUCUAUUUUGGAAGCUUCUGGAACUGAUUGAAUGGGUCAAGGAGAUCUUUGGGGUAUUUUGCAAAGAAAAGUUCUGCAUUGAGAACGUGGCUUCGAUGGAUGAGGAUGCUAGAAGAGAAAUUUCUGCACACCUGGCAGUUAUGCCCAUCAAACUGGAUAGAUUGCAUGCCCUUCUCACAAGACCACGCAUGGCUUGGUGUUCGGAAGAGCUCUAUGAGAUGGAAGGGUUGCAGCUAUGGACGGAAAGUGUCUACGUCAGGGCUUACGUAUCUGGUGGAUCAGUUGACUGUCAUCAGUGGAUCAGACCGGGGUGGAGCUGGCCCGGUGAAGCAAGAGGGGAAUUGUCGACCUUCAUGAAAGCAAUAAAGAGGCAACAGCCUCCACCGGUGCCUGCUGGCUUGCGCCGUGUAACACCAGAAAUGAUUGAACGUUGGACCGCGGAUAGCUCUAAGUUCCCUCCUUAUCAGUACGCUGAUAAGUUUCUGUUGGUGCAUCCGUCGCAACCGCGCAUGUUGCUGGAUAGCUCAGAGAGGGAGCUUUUACUGGGCUUCGGUGCAGGGCACGCUGCAAGUUGUAUGAGCGCUUCAUCUGAAGAAGAGCCUUGA